GAAGAAUGACAUAUUUAUUUAUCACAAGCAACUUUUGUGUUGGGUAUCAAGUGGCCCCAGCCAGCCAGCGACAGCCCUUUCGGCACCUUUCACAGACGCAGUGGACUGCAGUGGACACAGUGGGAUACAGUUCAGACUGUUCAGACCAGACCGAUCAGUCCAACGUGUCGUAAAUAAUGGGGCGAACUGUGUACGCGGAAGAACAUCUUCACAGUUAUUUGACAUCAUUAGCGAAACCGGAUGAAUACACGAUAGGAUUAAUUUUGGGACAGAGUGCAGGUCAAAAGGAUUAUAUUGUACAUUUAGCAAAAACUCCACCUCCACUUGGAAAAAAUGUUGUGGAAGAAACAUUGAUCAGUUCUACAAUGAACACACAAAAUACUGCUGAAAGUUACAUUAAAUCUGUGAGGGAUAUACCUGAGAGUUGGGUCGCUGAUCAUGCUAAGCAUGUUACCAGAAUGUUACCUGGUGGAAUGCGAGUUCUUGGUGCAUUCAUUGUUGGUCCUGAUGAUGCUAUAAAUGAUAAUAUAAACAUACAAAAGUUCAGAUCCAUUCUCAUGGCAAUUCACAGAAAUUUAUCUCAAAACAAAUACCUCUGUGGAAACAAUAAUGAGGAGCAUCUUAUUUUAAACCUAAACAGCGUUACACAAAAAUAUAUUUGUAAGUCUGUAGAAACCAGUAAGACUGGAAUGGUGAAGCCAGCAGAAUGGAAGUUACAAGGAAAAGCUACAAAAUGGCAUCAGUUGGAGGCUCUUGUGGAUUUUGAUCAGUUAUUUCUCAUUGCUGCGGAUAAAGUCCCUGAAACUCUUAAGAAACAGCUACAAGAUAUUAUAAAAAACAUGUCAAACAUUAUUGAAUCUUCUCUGCUUGUUAUUGAAGGAGAAGUAAGAUCCCCCGAUGAUUCAUUGGAAAUCAUUACCAAAAGUAAAGAGCAAGAAAAGGGACGUAAAAACAAUGAGAAGGACACUAAUGAUAAAAUAAUUCAAAUUAACUUGUAUAUCCCAUGUCAAGAAAAAAAUAUUAACUUCGAUGUGAGAAUAACACCUUGCAAUGCAUCGAUACGUCUUGUCGGUCAAUUAAUGAGCAGAACUUUCGUUCAUCAAAAAGCAAAUGUCGAGGAAGCUAAUAUGGCGGUGAAGCAAGAUAUAAUAAGAUCACUGGCAAGUAGACUAGAGAUGCAUUGGGAUAGUUUAAUUGAAGAAGAAAGUGGUUCUCCAGAAGAAAAUAUAACAUUACAUGAACCACCAAGAAGAAUGUUGAUAGCGUUACCAGAAAGUAAAGUAACAUUGUCAGACUAUCUCUUUCCUGGCGAAGGUCCUCAAGAAGCACUGUUCUCAUUGCAAGAACUUUUAGAUUUAGAAGUUCAAGAAAGUAAUAUUCAAAAAGAUAUAGAGCUUCAAGCUGAUCCUACUGAGUUCUACAGUCAAAGUGAUGUGGGCAUAAAGCCAGUAGAUUUUGGCAAAGAUUCAUCUGACAACCAACAAGUGAGAGUACACAUUACAAGUGGCAGUAUUGCAAUUAUAAUUCUGAUUAUUGCUGUCAUAAUACUCAAUUUAUAUUAA